UUCGGUUCGGAAGAAUUCUGACUGUCGGGAGGGAAUGCGGCGUCAUGUUGGCGCUGAAGGAGAACCGGUGUUACGGACUGUCCGGCGGUAAACUGAGCCUCGGCGGCAACGUCUCGGUUUUUCACGUAAAACUCACUGACAGCGCGGCAAGAGCUGUUGGUAGCUUCCACAGCAGCAAGGGCUGCGCUUCACAUGCUACCAUCUGUUUCAGUGGAAAUCAAGGGAGAAUCACCAUCCCUUGUUCAGAAAACAGUGAUGAAGUGAGGAUCUUCACCUUUGGAGUGACCCAUGUUGCUCGUGACAAUCCCCAUGGAAGUUUUGACUGCAUCAGACACCACGGCUCAGGUGCUGCUGAGGAGCUGUCAUGUCUCGGGGUGAUUCCGAAGAAGAUGACGGUGAACGCUACAGAUGACUCGUACGAUAAGGCUCGUCAGAGCUUGGCUCAGGCCGAGGAGGAGACGCGCAGCCGGGGGGCCAUUGUCAUCAAAAAUGGCGCACGCUACCAAGGAAAGAAGGUGCGGGUUCGAGCUCCAGCUCCGGCUCUGGCCAAACUGACCAAGCCCAAACACUCAUCUCGCCCCCUCCUCAGCAGCAUUAAGAGGGGGGCGGACAUGUCAAAGCAGAGGAAGGGUCCCAGUCCUAAGAAGACUGGGGAGGGUGUCCAGGAGAGGCCCCUCAGGGAGAGAGUCAUGCACUUGUUGGCACUGAGGCCGUACAAGAGGCCUGAGCUGAUCCUGAGGCUGCAGAAAGACGGACUGACGGGAGGAGACAAAGACGGACUGGACUCUGUGAUGAUGGAGGUGGGCCAGCCCAGUGGCAGAGACCGUACGUUUGUCCUGAAGGACGCUCUUUUUAAGGAGCUGCAGAAAGACUGGCCAGGCUACUCCACCGGGGACCAGCAACUUCUGAAACGCAUCCUUGUCAGAAGACUUUUUCAACCCCAACAAAACCUCCUCACGGUUCCCGAGGCCCAGGUCAGCCCACUUCGAGACACCCCCAACUCUUCACCAGCACACCGCCCAAAACUUGCCCCUGAGGACGGCACAGACUCUCUAGUCAGCAGGAAGCCAAGAAUAUCCCACUUGUCGAGCAAAACGGCGAGAGACAACUCUGAGCUGAAGGCAUCCAGACACACAGCCACUCUGAGAGAGACGGAAGUGAAAGCAGAUGACGGGCGAGGAAACUCGCUUGAUCCCAAAAGACUCUUUGACUCCCUGUCAGCAGUUUGUCAGCAGGAAGCUGUAGCAGCUAAACGACUCAAGCCAACAGGUUCUGCUCAACAGGGACCUAAAGGCCCAGGAGAACCACCUCAAACAGACUCUGAUCGCCCCCCAUCUCCUCUGAUAGUACCUGAUCUGAGCAGACGGAGAGAGAAAAAGAAGAAGAGCAAACACAAACACCGAGAACACGAGAAAGAUGAAUGCAGAGAGCAGAAGGAAAGAGGCAGCGAUCACAGUGCUGAGGCGACAAAUGACAAAGAUGCUCAGGACUGCACAGAGCUGAGUGAAUCAUUGUUUGACUCUAACGUGCCUCAAAAGGAGACGGACACAGACGACUAUUUAUUGAAGUUCACGGUGAUUUGCAGCCACAAGCAGAGACAGAGUUAUAAAGAAGACUUCAACCAGGAGUACAGCGAGUACAGAGAUUUACACGCUCGCAUCGACAGCGUGACGCAGCAGUUCAUGGAGCUGGACACGCAACUCAAACAGCUUCACCACGACUCGCAUAAAUACAAGACGGUUCGGAAUAAAAUCUUUCAAGAGUACCGGAAAAUUAAAAAGUCAAACCCGAACUACAAUCAGGACAAGGCUCGCUGUGAAUAUCUACACAACAAACUGGCUCACAUCAAGAAACUCAUCUCCGACUUCGACCAGCAGCAGCUCGCUGCAGAUCCUGACGAGCCCAAAUGAAGAGCCUGACUGGAGGAACUUUGUUGCAACAUUUGAACGCCACAGAAGUCGGUGCUGCUCGGUGGUAGCAGCUCCCAGUUUUCAUGGCUCAACGUGGUUGAAGGAGAUCUGCGGUGAAUGUCAGCACAGUUAGUGAAAAGUGAAAUUCAGCCAUCAUUGAAAUGCUUUGAAAGGGCUGCUACGACACUAACUUGAUAGUGCUGCGGGCAAAAGAAAUAACGGUUCUGCAAAAGCU